GGCGCGAGGCGGGGACUGGGCGAGGGGCGGGGCCGGGACUCGCAGCCUGGAAGCCGCGAGGGCGUUAGGCGCGAGACGGAGGAAAUCUGCGCUGGGAGGCCCGGAGCUGGGGCCGGAGCUGCUGAGGACGCCGAGGAGCGGGGAGGCGCGCCGAGCCCAAGAUGAGAGCAUCGGUGGUGCUGACCUGCUACUGCUGCCUGCUGGUGCGGGUGAACAGCAUCCAUCCAGAAUGUCGGUUUCAUCUGGAAAUACAGGAAGAAGAGACAAAAUGUGCAGAGCUUCUAAGCAGCCAGCCAGAAAAGCACAGAGCCUGUUCUGGUGUCUGGGACAACAUCACCUGCUGGCGCCCUGCAGACGUUGGGGAGACUGUCACAGUGCCCUGCCCCAAAGUGUUCAGCAAUUUCUACAGCAGACCAGGGAACAUAAGCAAAAACUGCACUAGUGAUGGGUGGUCGGAGACAUUCCCAGAUUUCAUAGACGCGUGUGGCUACAACGACCCUGAGGAUGAGAGUAAGAUCACGUUUUAUAUUCUGGUGAAGGCCAUUUAUACCUUGGGCUACAGUGUUUCUCUGAUGUCUCUUACAACAGGAAGCAUAAUUAUCUGCCUCUUCAGGAAGCUGCACUGCACCAGGAACUACAUCCACCUGAACCUCUUCCUCUCCUUCAUGCUGAGAGCCAUUUCGGUGCUGGUCAAGGACAGUGUGCUGUACUCCAGCUCAGGUACCCUGCGCUGCCACGACCAGCCAGCCUCCUGGGUCGGCUGCAAGCUCAGCCUGGUAUUCUUCCAGUACUGUAUCAUGGCGAACUUCUACUGGCUUCUGGUGGAGGGGCUCUACCUGCACACCCUCCUGGUGGCCGUCCUCCCCCCCAGCAGGUGCUUCCUGGCCUACCUUCUGAUCGGAUGGGGCAUCCCCAGUGUGUGUAUAGGAGCGUGGACAGCAACCCGCCUCUCUUUAGAGGACACAGGUUGCUGGGACACAAACGACCACAGCGUCCCCUGGUGGGUCAUUCGGAUGCCCAUCCUGAUUUCUAUUGUAGUCAACUUUGCCCUCUUCAUCAGCAUUGUAAGAAUCUUGCUUCAGAAGCUAACCUCCCCAGAUGUUGGUGGCAACGACCAGUCGCAGUACAGGAGGCUGGCCAAGUCCACGCUGCUGCUAAUCCCACUGUUCGGCGUCCACUACAUGGUGUUUGCCGCUUUCCCCAUCGGCAUCUCCUCCACGUACCAGAUCCUGUUUGAGCUGUGUGUCGGUUCCUUCCAGGGCCUGGUAGUGGCAGUGCUGUACUGUUUCCUGAACAGUGAGGUACAGUGUGAACUGAAAAGAAGGUGGCGAGGCCUGUGUCUGACCCAGCCUGGGGGCAGGGACUACCGGCUGCACAGCUGGUCCAUGUCCCGGAACGGUUCAGAAAGUGCCCUACAGAUACACCGGGGCUCCCGCACCCAGUCCUUCCUGCAGACAGAGACCUCAGUCAUCUAGCUGUGUCCCUCACACGGCGCCCACAGUGCUGCUGGGCUGACAUACGUGUUUGCUGGCUUCCUCGGCUGGCCCGGCAUCUGGUGCCUUAUUGGGUCAGCCCUGGUUUUUACUCUGACCCUAGUGUGUAACUUGCACCAAUUAUUAUUGUCAGACUCUUGCCUUUAAGCCAUCCUCUUCAUAGUAUCGCUCGGCCAUGUAGGCGGGUCUAUAUUCAAAGAGAACAAGGAAGCCGAAUGACCCUGAGCAUCAAAACUGGAUUCUAGUGCCUCUGGAGAGAACAAGAAGGAAGUUUCUGGUUCCCCUACUGCCUCCUGGCAGAGGGAACCAGGUCCAGAACCAGCUUCGAGUCACCAUCCUGUGGCACCCAUGCAUGUCUGUGGAUGUCUGUGAAAUCCAUCCUUAAUCUCUGACAGACCCUAGAACCGCACUGGUCCCCAUGGUCUUGAGCCCCAUCAAGUGGGACUGCCUACUGGGGGCCUCUGCAUCUGGACCGCCAUACCCUUGCCAUUUCCUGGACCACUUAGUAGUGACCUAGGAGAAGUCAGGCAGCAUUUUCAUGGUUCAGGAGCUCACAUCCUCCUGAGCACUUAGCCUCUGCUGCGCUCUCCAAUGGUGAGCAGCUCUGGAUCCAGGCCGGCAGUUGGCACGAAGGCCCAGUGGCUUGUCCACACAUCCGAGGGAUGUUCUUUAGCCAGAAGACUGCUCUCUUUUUAAAGAAAACCAUCCCCUUAAAAUUGUUUUAAAAAGAGUUUAUUUUACCAGUAUAUAAAUGGCCUCAGGUAUUCCUGCCUGAUACCUGCCAAUAACAACCCUUACUUUUGCUGUUAUUUGCAAUUGUGGGGAGACAGACCUGGGGAAGUGCUUGCCAUGAUGGAAGAAGCAGCUGAAGACUGAGUGCCUACUCCUGCAGAGACCCUGGACAACAAUGUCCUGGCCCGGUACAAGGGAUGGAGCUAGUGUUCUGGCACAGCCUAUGUAACCCCCCCCCCAACACACACACAUACACACAGCGAGGAUAAGAGCUGCAGAGUGUUUUUCCUGUGGAUUCUGUGGCAUGGAGAGCCCAGCCAGCAUGAAUGCCAAUGAUCUCAACUGUGCCAGAGACAGAGGUCUCUGGGUGAAGAAACCACAAAAGGCCACGCUUCCAGUUCUGUAGAAAUAAAGCCAGCACGUGGGGCUUUAGGACAGGGGAGAGCAGCUAAGGCUCAGUGGCCAUGUCUGGCCUGAAUGUCGGUCCCACAGGACUGCCCCCGGACUUUUGCCUCAAUCAAUUCUUGACAAGCCCCCAGUUUGUCUUCAACUGCAUUGGACAGACAGCUUUGAUGAUAUAGAAAGUACCAGUAGCCUGCUCCCUCCCAGGGCUGCAAGGAUAGAGAGCAGGUCAUGAGGAGUGCAUGGCCCAGAUCAGGCACCCCUAACAGAGCUGUUGGCAGUGGCAGUGGUGUGCGCCGCAAAUGGCAAGGUGUCAGCCUUGCCGCUCUUCGUCCAGAGCUAUGGUUGCUUAACCCGGCAGUUCUGAGGGAACACUGUCCUCUCGAAUCUGAAAGUGCCGUAUCAGCAACCAAGAAUGGUCGCCCUGCCAUAACUCGGAAGAGACCAGGAGCUGUGACAUCAUCCAAUAAGCCGUCACUGAUUACACAUGGAACUUUCACGCAUCCAGAGACACCAUCCCCUCGGCCCAGCAUGUGCCACCAGAGCUGGCCCCUCUCCGUGGUGAAGAGAUGGGCUGGUCACGGGCAGCUGCUGCUGGAAUGGACUCAUGACCAGUGUGUGAUCUUACAUGUUAUAUGUGGAGUGUCUACAAAGGGCGCCACAGAGUAGAGCCCAGCUGUGUAUAUACUGCAAUAAACCUGAUUC